AUGUGGGCCACUUGGUUGACAGUAAUCUUCUCGCUUGAGAUAUUCAGCGUGACAUUUGCAAAGCCUAACGUUCUUGUGUUUCUUGUGGAUGACCUUGGAAUCGCUGAUCUGGGCUGCUUCGGCAACGAUACGAUGAAAACUCCGAAUAUCGAUCGGUUGGCUGAACAAGGAGCUCGACUGCAACAUGAUGUAACGCCAGAUUCUAUCUGUACGCCAAACAGGGCAGCAUUUCUAACAGGAAGAUAUCCCAUUCGGUCAGGACUGGCUUCAGAUCAGAAACAAAUAAGAGUGUUCAUUUUUGCUGCUUCCUCUGGCGGUCUGCCUCCAAAUGAAACAACAUUCGCCGAGAUUGCGUCUGCUGCUGGCUACAAAACAGGUACGCUCUUGAGCAAUUAUUUCUCAUUAGCGAACAUAAACCCGUUGUUAACGACAUGUUCGGCUUAUUCCUUUCGUUGUUUCGCUUUUCACAAAUAUUUUGCGUUUUAUUCAUGGGUACAUGUAUUUUCCUCAAUUUUUCUAUUCCAAUUACAUGUACAAUAAGAUUUGGGGCUAGGACAGAUGAGCAUCUAAUAUCUCCUUACAAUGUCAGCUCUGAAUCGCACAUUAAGUUCACGAGAAAAAAGGAAAUGAUCACCAACUAUAGAAGCUCUUGAUUGUUACAAAUUCUCCUUGUUAGCACCUUAAAAAUUGUACAAAGAACAGUAUGGAGAAUAUGUAUAUUGAUGUUAAAUCGUGUAGUUUCCCACAUCCUUUGCCUUUGAAACAGAUGCCCAAGUUUUACUAAUGAAAGUGGCCAUGUUGAACAAAGUUUGGCUUGAGUAGCAUUCUUAGUAAAAAUCUUAAGUAAAAAUCUUCAAUGUGUUAUGUAUAAUAACUGGUUAUAUUUCAGCAAAACUUUAUAUACUUGUUUUUAAAAUGAUUGAAUAAAGAAUUCUAUUGCACUUUCUGUUUUACCAGGUAUGAUUGGAAAAUGGCAUCUGGGACUGCAUUCCUCGACAAGCUCUGAUUUUCACUACCACCCGCUAAGGCAAGGUUUUCACUAUUACUAUGGUCUGCCUCUUACCAACUUGAGAGACUGUGAGCCUGGAAGUUUUGUUAUAGAGCACAUCAUCCCAGGCUUCAGACCCACAAAUAUCCUAAUUGCAGCAACAAUUAUUGGAUUAACACUACACAUCUGCUACCUAAACAGUUUGAUAAGCAAGUCAGUUUUCUUUUCCUUACUUGCAAUAACUGUUUUUAUUUGUUUCACACUAUCGGCAGGCCUGAUCAUUCUUGCAGGAUUCAACUGCUUUCUGAUGAAAAACUUUGAAGUUAUAGAGCAACCAGUUGUUCUAGAAAAUCUAACAGCACGGUUUACUGAUGAAGCAGUGAACUUCAUCCAUAAGAACAAAGACAACCCCUUUCUCCUGUUCAUGUCAUUUGCCAAAGUGCAUACAGCUUUGUUCACUACAAAGCCAUUUGCUGAUCACAGUGUUCAUGGUCGUUAUGGUGACAAUGUAGAGGAAAUGGAUUGGAGUGUGGGUCAGAUCAUGGCUUCUUUAGAGGAACUAGGUUUGAGGGAAAACACAUUUGUGUAUUUCACAUCUGAUAAUGGACCUCAUUUAGAAGAAAUAAGUCCAUCUGGGGAUUACCAUAGUGGAUGGAAGGGUAUUUACAAAGGAGGUAAAUGAAAAACAAAAAUCAUAUGAUGUACAGGUAUCUGUUGUGUGUAAAUAAUAGCUUUGAUUUGAAUUUUAGUCAAGCUGAAACAGUCUUGCUGUCUAUAGCAAGGAAAAAAAAUUGGCAACCUAAUUUUUGGCAUGUCACCAAUUAGGGGAAUAAUGCCUGGCAGUUGCUUAGCAUUUUUUUUUGCGUUUUUUUGAAUUAGUGUAUAUAGUCCAAAACUUAAGAGAGAUAAACACUUGCAUGCAAUUUUAGUAAUGCCCCAUCAUUUUUUUUUUGAGAAAUAAUUUGGUUCUUUGUUCUUGGUUGUUUGAGUUUCCAAAAUCAAUUGUAAGCCAUAUUGGCUGCCAUUAAGAGUUUCAAAGCUGACUCUUCUCUGACAAAGUGCUUACUCUCUGACAAAAGGGCUUACGCUCAAAAUGUCAGCUUUGAAACUCUUAACCCUUUAACUCCCAUGAGUGACCAAGACAGAAUUUCUCCUUACAAUAUCCAUACAAUAUCAACCAGAUAAGUGAUGAGAAUAAAGAUAAAUACCAAUUUGGGGAUAAUUAGUUGAUCAAAUACUAAAUUCUCUGAGUUAACAUUACAAGAAUUGUAUGCUUGACAGUAAGAAGAAUUACAAAUUUGAUCUGGGAGUUAAGGGUUAAUGGCCAAUUCACAUCAUCAACUUAGUUGAUAAUACUAUAUUACCAUGUUAUACUCUCCCACUGAUGCAGGAUCACAGUUUUUUUUAGAAACUUGCCCCCCUUAUGUAAGCCAUAUUGCUUAACUCAAAGACAAGGGAUGUGGUCAGCAAGUAGUGUGUUAAUUUUUGUUGUUUUGUUUGUCUGUUUGUUUGUUUGUUUGUUGUUUGUUUCUAUGAUUCAAUUUAUUCUAAUUGCUAACUUAGCUCAUUCUGUUAUUCUGUUAUUCUUUCAUUCUUUUACUUUUUCAUUCUUUUAUUCUGUGAUUCUUUUUAUUUUCUCUUUCUUUCUUUCAUUCAUUAUUUCAUUAAUUGUUUCAUUCUCUUAUUCUUGCAUUCUUUCAUUUUCCAUGUUUUCAUUCUUCUUUAACCCUUUAACUCCCAAGAUCUCAUUAGUAAUUCUCCUUACUGUCUGCCAAAUGAUUCUCAUUAUGUUAGUUUGGAGAAUUUGGUAUCAGAUCAAUUAGUACUCUCAUAAUUGAUAUUUUUCUUUAUUCUCAUCAUUUGCCAGCAUGAUAUUGUAUAGAUAAACUAAGGAGAAAUUCUGUCUUGGUCACUCAUGGGAGUUAAAGGGUUAAUUGUUUCAUUCUCUUCUUUCAUUCCUUCAUUCUGUCAUUCUGUAAUUUUUUCAUUCUUUCAUUCUUUCAUAUCUUUAUUCUUCAAUUAUUUCAUUCCUUUGCUCUUCCACUCUUUCAUUCUUUUAUUCCUUUGAGCUCUCAUUCUAUUCUCUUACUUUUUCAUUCUUUCAUUCUUCAUUCGUCCAUUCAGUUAGUGAGUAGAUAACUCAUUCAGUCUUUUAGUUAUAUGUAUUAAUUGCAUCCAGUUUAUUACUUUUUGCCCAUGAAAGUAUUUGUGUAUUGCAAAGGGCACAAAUUUAAAUUGUUUAUACUCAUUUUCCCCAAUUCCAGGUUAAUCAUUCAAAUUUAAUGCAUCUAUAUUUGAAAAAGUUUUAUGAGAAUUUUUUUUCUUUUUUUUUUUUUUUUUUUUUUGCAUAGGUAAAGGGCAAUGUUGGGAUGGUGGUGUGAGGAUGCCUACAAUAGCGUCAUGGCCAGGUCACAUUCCAGCUGGGAUCUCAAUUGAUCAGCUCACCAGUUCUAUGGACUUAUUACCCACAGUUGCCAAACUAACCGGCACAGACCUUCCGCAGGACAGAGUUAUUGACGGAAAAGAUCUCUUACCGCUAUUGACGAACCAGACAGAGGAAUCUUCCCAUGAAUUUAUUUUCCAUUACUGUGGAAAUCAGGUCCAUGCUGUUCGUUAUCAUCCAAAGGACAGUGACAUUGUUUGGAAGGCACACUUUAUGACGGCUAAAUGGACUGAGGGAACUGAAAUGUGUAGUGGGCAUGGUAUUUGCGGCUGUCAUGGACAUCUUGUCGAAGUUCAAAAUCCACCUCUUCUCUACGAUAUGACAGAUGAUCCCGCAGAAAGUUCGCCACUUGCUUCAAACAGUCCAGAUUACAAGGCGGUUAUGGAAAAUAUUUACCCGGCUUUAAAAACACAUAUUAGAGGAAUUCAUAAUGUCCCUGGUCAGUUGGGUUAUAAAAAUAUGUUUUACCCAAGAUUACAAAUGUGUUGUAAUUUUCCUUACUGCAGUUGUAAGGAGAAAGACGGACAACUGGAACAUUUUCCUGAAAACGUAUGAGGCUUUAUUUUAGGUAAAUUGAAAAUAAUAGGUUAGUUAUCUGAUUUCAAGAGUUUUAUUAUUGGCGAAUGAAUCCAUCAUUUUGCGUUCAUUUUCAAAUGUUGUAUGUCUUGAUUUUGGAUGACAUGUAAUGAUGGCGCUGAAGUACUAUCGACUAUUGGUAACUGGAUUUAUUGGGAGUUCGUGUCACCGGAAGUUCGCGUAAUGGCAAAAUCGUGUCUUCGGGAGUUCGCGUUACGGCAAAAUCGCGUGAACCAAUCAAUCAAUCAUUUUAUCUAGUGAUGCAGGUUAUAAAAGCGGCAGCCAUGAGGCUGAUGUGGACCUACAAUUAACUAAUAAAAUGUGGAAUAAUAAACAAAAUAAUUUGUAAAAUCACCCUAUGGUGUUUGAAUUCAGUACAAGUCAGUAAAAUGAGGUUCAUUGACGAAUAAAAGUGACAAACGAAUUUACAAAUUUACAUACAGUAUAAUAAUACUUAAAAAUAUACAAAAUCUCGGUCUUUCAUAGCUAUCAUGGGUGCUUGGAAUGAGAAGCUAUUUGUGUUUUGUGAGAGC